AUGGUUCGUCAAACUGAAGAAUGCUCGUUUACCUUUCAUGACCAUUUUAGGAUUAGGAACGAUUUGCAAGAUAUUGUCAUAAGGUUCGUAAGAUAUAUCAGUCUCGACUGCUUUAAAAAUUUUAGCAGUACAAUCUACAGUCUUAUAAACAUAACCUUGACGUCUCCCUCUUCAUCAACAGUACUUUUAGCCAUUCCCAGGUAA